CCCCCCCCCCAUGUGUCACAUGACAAUGUCACGAGAUCUGCUGACCUAAACUUAGUUACGAUAGGGAAGCUGCGUAUCGGAAAGUUUAUUUCAUUGUCUGCUAUCUCGCAUAUCAGACAUGGGACUAUCAGUAUUGCUGUGUCUGGUGGCAAUCAUAUCUUUUGGGCAUGCUUUGGACAAUGGACUGGGACUCACCCCUCCCAUGGGAUGGCUCUCAUGGCAAAGAUAUCGUUGCCAACUUGAUUGCCAAAAUGCUCCAACAGAGUGUGUUAGCGAGAACCUGUACAAGGCCAUGGCAGAAAGGAUGGUACUUGAUGGUUAUCGUGAUGCAGGUUAUGUUUAUGUAAACAUUGAUGACUGCUGGCCAGAGAAACAGCGUGAUGAGCAGGGUCGCCUGGUGGGGGACAAAGUUCGCUUCCCUAGUGGCAUGAAAGCUUUGGCUGAUUUUAUGCAUGAAAGAGGCCUUAAGUUGGGUAUCUAUAGUGACAUGGGUUAUGACACAUGUGCUGGAUACCCAGGCAGCAAAUUCUACAUGGAAAUGGAUGCCCAGACUUUUGCUGAGUGGGGCAUCGACUCAUUGAAGCUGGAUGGUUGUUACUCCUCCCUUGAUGACUUUGCUAUCGGUUACCCAACCAUGGGCUUCUUUCUUAACAAGACUGGUCGUCCCAUACUCUACUCCUGCAGCUGGCCAGCCUAUAUUGUGGGAAACAAGCAAACUCCAGACUACCAGCUGAUUGCCAAGUACUGCAACCUGUGGCGGAACUAUUUAGACAUCGAUGAUUCAUGGGAAAGUGUGUCAAACAUAAUUGAGUGGUUUGCCCAGGAUAAUGGAAAUCUGUCAGCAGCAGCAGGACCAGGUCAUUUUAAUGACCCAGAUAUGCUGGUCAUUGGUGAUUAUGGACUGAGUUAUGACCAGCAACGUGUUCAGAUGGCCAUGUGGGCAAUCAUGGCUGCCCCACUGUACAUGUCCAAUGACCUCCGCAACAUCCGUCCAGAAUCACGGGAACUUCUGUUAAAUAAACGCAUUAUUGCAAUCAACCAAGACCCUCUGGGAAUUCAGGGCCAGCGUCUUUACAAGGCUGGCAACAUUGAAUUUUGGUCCCGUCCCAUUGUGCCACAGGGCAGCUUUGCAUUUGCUGUUGUCAACUUCAGCGCUGCAGGUGGACCAGCUUUUCUUGACCUCAGCCUGAGCAACUUUGCUGCUUCUUUUUCAUCUAUUUACAAUGUAACAGAGGCAUUUGAUGGAACACCUGUAGGAAUAUUGAAACCAAACACCACAUUCCGAGUUAGCGUGAAUCCGUCUGGUGUCUUCAUGGCUGUGGCUAUUCCUGUUUAGGGAGAGUAGCUGUUUUGUCGAGAAGAUGAAGGAAACUGUAUGGCUUAAUAAAAAUACAUACUUUUUGUUUGGAUUUUGUAAGUCUUCAGUAACAUUCCAAAAGAAAUGAUUUCCACAUGUUUUUGUAAUCCUGCGUAACAAAAAAAAAAAAAAAAAAAAAAGUGUGUAUGUUUGGUACUUGGUGCCUGAAGAAAAAGUUAGGUGUACUUUCAUGUGCUUUUUCUUGCAAAUGACCGCAUCGACACUCAGUUUGAAAAUAUUUCCCUUUGGGGAGUCAGUGGUAUCAUUUAUAGUUUUGUUAUGGGAUAUGUAUAUAGUAACAUGGGUAGUUUUUAAAUGUAGCAAAAUUACAAUUAAGCUGUUCUUCUAUAAGAACUUGUGAAAAAACCUGCUAACAAUUCUAAAUAUUCCUGUCACGACUCUCUAGCAGGAGAUUGUUUACUAAAGGACCAUUAUGUGUUGGGAAAAUUGCAAAGUAUUUUGAAACAACUUGCUGUCAGAUCUCACAGUUCCCCCAUGACACAAGGUAUCUGCCAAAGUGUUAGAUGUAUUGUUUUUCAUUAGCCUUGAAUAGUCCUAACAAUCUGGUAGAUGUUCAUCACUUAAUGUGUAAUUGUUUAUGGUAUGUAUGAAAAUUUGGUGUUGCACUUGCACUGAAGAGUUUAUGGAGAGAGUUUGCUGAUGGGAAGACAAACUGCGAAUUAGCAGUGCUAGCUAUGCAAAAAUGCCUCAUUCAUUCAGAGUACCUUGUGAGGGUGUUUAAUUGUUUAGCAAAGUGCUUAAACCACAAGUUUUAAUGUACUUAUUAUUGUUUGAAAGCCAUUUUUUCAGAUGUUUAUAGUCAUGGAAAGCCCAUUUUAUGCCAUAUUCCAAAGGGCAACAGUGUACAAAAUGUUAUUUUCCUUACCAUAUAAAAAAAUGCUGAAAAAGAGA